CUGCGUAAAUACGGUCACACCCUCCCCGGCUUAAUGCGGCCGCACGACCCACCAGCACCAGCACCACCACCACAGUAACUAUUAAUAACCUCCACAAUUCCCCAACUCUCACCAACUCUUACCGACUAUAACAACAAAAAUGAAUAUGGACAAGAGACCCCCUACUCUCCACUACAGACACUAUUUCGUAGGCGGAGUCCUCUUGGCUAUACUUGUGUGGGGAACUUCCUUCUUGUUGGUGGCUAUCGAGAACUUCCUGCUCGCUACUGAGUACCACCAUCUCCACAACCACCACCACAACCACAACCAUCACCACCAGGACCACCACCACUAUAAACAACCGUAUAAGUCUCCCUAUGAUGCCGACGGGAAGAUCCCACUAAACUUCACGGCCGUUCGAGCCGGCGAGUUCAAACCCAAUUUCAAGUCGCUCCAAUGGAUUACCGAGCCUCAGUCUAUCGCUAACGAUAAGGGUACUUAUUUAGUAGCCGAUGAAAUUGACGGUAACACUCAGUAUAUCGUUAAGUCCGUAGUGGAUGAGAGUUCUGUGUCGCUAUUCAACGGUCUGACAUUUCUCAGUAAUGGAGUUAACUAUACCAUCGAUGAGCUCAUCUCGUCGCCGGAUUUAACGAGAGCUUUACUCAGGACCAAUACUACGCACAAUUGGAGACAUUCUACGUAUGCGUUAUACUGGUUAUUACUGUUGGAUGAUGGCAGUAUUGUACCCCUUGUAGAUGACAACCUUGUGGCCGUGACGUCAUGGUCACCUGACUCCACUAGUGUAGCAUACAUUGUCGCUAAUGAUAUAUAUAUUAAGAACAUUGUUAAUGGACAAACCAGAAGAGUCACUACCGAUGGCAGUAGUCAAGUAUUUAACGGUAAGCCAGAUUGGGUAUAUGAAGAAGAAGUGUACGGUACCGAUAUUGUGUUAUGGUGGUCACCUACCAGUGAUAAGAUAACGUUUCUUAAAUCCAAUGAUACGUUUGUUCCGGAAUUCACCAUCCCUUAUUAUGUACAAGAUGGUCAUGAGGAUUACCCGGAAGUAGUCAAGAUUAAGUAUCCUAAAGCAGGAUAUCCUAAUCCUAUUGUAGACGUAGUGAUAUAUGAUUUACUGACAGAUUUACUGACAGUAUUACUGUUAGAUUCUUCUACCAUAACUCCAGAAACUCGGUUGGUUACUGAAGUGGUUUGGGUAGGAUCUUCAGUAUUGGUUAAGACAUCGAAUCGUGCUAGCGAUUUAUUAGAGAUCUUCCUUGCGGAUGGAGCUCAAGAGUCUUAUGAACCGGUGAGAUCAUUAACGGCCGAGAACUCAUGGUUUGAAGUGGGUUCUAAUACCUUCUAUGUCCCUAAGAAUGAAUCUAUUGGUAUUGUAGAUGAUGGAUAUAUCGAUACUGUGGUAGUUAAUGGAUAUAACCAUUUAGCAUACUUUAGUCCUCCUCAGAAUGAUACAGGUAGAUUACUUACUAGUGGACUUUGGGAAGUUGUAGGAGGCGUUAAAGCCUAUGAUUAUACUUCAAACGAUAUCUACUUUGUAAGUACCAGUAAAUCAUCUAUUGAGAGACAUAUUCAUACCAUUAACUUAUUAGAUACUUCUAAUAAUGGACUUCCUAUUAUUAGAGAUAUUACUGAUGGUGAAGGUUGGUUUAGUGGCUCCUUUUCAGCAGGAUCUAGAUACCUUUUACUCACUUAUGCUGGACCUCAAGUUCCCUAUCAAAAACUUAUCGAUUUAAAGUCAGCUCAGGAGAUUCGAACCAUUGAAUCUAAUGAGAAAAUCACCACUAACUUGGCCAAGUAUUCUUUACCUCGAGUGGACUAUAAAGUUCUUACGUUAACCGAUAAGGAUUCGGGUGAAGAGUUUAAAGCCAAUGUGGUUGAAACGUAUCCUCUUGAUUUUGAUGAGACUCGUCAAUAUCCCGUACUCUUUUUUGUUUAUGGAGGUCCUGGAGCUCAAUUGGUGACUAAAUCAUUUGAUGUAAGUUUCAGUGCGGUUGUAGCUGCCGAAUUAGAUGCUAUAGUAAUUACAGUAGAUGGUAGAGGUACAGGAUUCAAUAAUCAUAAUCCUGAAUUAGGAGCUAAGUUUAAAUUUAUAGUUCGUGAUAGACUUGGACAAUAUGAACCUAAGGAUCAAAUUGCCGCAGCUAAGUUAUAUGCUGAAAAACCAUAUGUUGAUGAGAAUCGUAUAGCCAUUUGGGGUUGGUCUUAUGGAGGAUUCCUUACAUUAAAGACUCUUGAAACUGAUUAUGAUGAUUCUAUCUUUUCAUACGGAGUAUCUAUAGCUCCAGUAACCAAAUGGAAGUUUUACGAUCUGAUCUAUACCGAGAGAUACUUACGAACUCCUGAAGAGAAUCCUCAAGGAUAUGAGAUUGCUUCAAUCCAUAAUGUCACUAACUUCCAACAUGUUAAGAGAUUCUUUAUCGGACAUGGAAGUGGUGAUGAUAAUGUUCAUGUUCAGAACACAUUAAGACUCAUUGAUGAUUUUAAUGUGGGUAAUAUAGAGAACUUUGAGUUCAUGAUCUUCCCAGAUAGUGACCAUUCUAUUCGAUACCAUAAUGGGAAUAAGAUAGUGUAUGAUCGAAUCUUGAACUUUCUCCGUCGGGCAUUUAAUGGUGAGUUUGAGUGAAGAGAGAGAGCAUAUGUAUUAUUUAGAGAAUAAAAGAUAUAAAGUAUGAGAAAGGCUGUAGUUGUAGAAGGGUCAGCGAGACUUAAGACUAUUAGUAAUAGUACUAUAACAGAUAUACAGUAAUGCUACUAUACAGUAGUAGUACAGUAACACUAUACAGAAUACUGCUAAUACUACCUACAAAAGUACCACUACAAUUACUAUAGUUACAUACAGUACCAUACGCUACAGUAACACACACUACAGUAACACACACUACAGUAGCACUACACUAUUAGCAGGACACUAUUAGCAGGACACUGUCCUGUUAUCUACGACUCAAAUCCGACAUUGUCGCGCGACAUCCCCCAUCGCCAAACUUUUCAUCGAAAAAUAAAAUUUUCAAUUCCCACCACCUGUCCCAA